ACCAACUCGACCUACCUAAAAGUACGGCGUGUUUCUGCCUUCUAACCAACGACCUACCUCCUUUUCCAUCUGCUCGCCCGGAUCAUCGCCUUGACAGACUUGUCUGCUUAACCUCCUGUCCUACCAUCCGUGCGGUUUGGUGAAUCUAUCUCGUGGUGGGACCCUACAAGAUUCACAUACCAACCCGCACACUUCUCAAAUACGGUUCUCUCUCCUAAUUACCUAUAUUCAGAAAUCACAGUCCUCCAUGGCAUCACCACAAGGGGGCUAUCCUCCCCAGGAAGGGUACGGUCAGCCUGCCGGUUACGGAACCUCCGAACAACAGCCCGCGGGGCUCGCCUCCGCCCCAGCUGCUCAAGGUCAGGCUGGCGCACGAAAGAAGAGACAAUAUGCAGGUGAAGCCUUCGACUUUGGCUCCGGCGCCAAUGCUGCUCUAGGAGGCCAGUUACCCGGAGGUGGUAGCUAUGGAGCUUACCCGCCGCAAGCACCAGCUGCUGCGGGAUAUCAGCAACCGGCCUACGCAGAUCCCACACAGAUGCACGCCGCUGCCCCAGGGUACGGGGCGCCCGCCUCCCCGCCGGUCGCGCAGUUGACCCAGCAAUUCGGUGCUUUGGGAGUCACCGAUCCUCACUUGAUGCCUCCGCAGCCAAUGGCUCAAGCUCCGCAGGCUCCCCGGGCUGCUGCUCCCCUCAACCAGCUCUAUCCUACCGACCUCCUCACUCAGCCAUUCAACGUCGCCGAACUCGACUACCCUCCGCCUCCUAUUGUUCUGCCGCCAGGUACAAGCGUUUACCCCUCUCCCCAUGCCAAUUGCCCUCCCAAAUACGUUCGCUCCACGUUGAAUGCGGUUCCGACCACCCACUCCCUUCUGAAGAAGUCUAAGCUGCCAUUUGCGCUCGUCAUCCAGCCGUAUGCGGCCCUUCAUGACGCCGAAGAUCCUAUCCCAGUCAUCCCCGAUCAGGUCAUCUCCCGAUGCCGGCGCUGCCGUUCUUAUAUCAACCCUUUUGUCACAUUCCUCGACCAUGGACACCGUUGGCGUUGUAACAUGUGCAAUCUGACCAAUGACGUACCUCAGGCCUUCGAUUGGGACACGGCGCUCCAGAAGCCUGCGGACCGGUCGCUGAGGGCUGAUCUCAACCAUUCGGUCGUGGAGUUCGUUGCUCCCCAGGAGUACAUGGUUCGCCCUCCCCAGCCGCUUGUCUACCUGUUCUUGAUUGAUGUCAGCUACGCAUCGGUCACCAAUGGUCUGCUGGCGACAAGUGCACGUUGCAUCAAGGAAAGUCUUGACCGAAUUCCGAACGCCGACCGCCGAACUCGACUGGGUUUCGUCGCUGUCGACUCCAGUCUUCACUACUUCAGCAUUCCCCGGGAUGGAUCGGAUAGCUCUGAGCCCCGAAUGCUGGUUGUCAGUGAUCUAGAAGAGCCUUUCUUGCCCAUUCCGGGCGAUCUUCUUGUGACGCUGAGCGAAUGCCGAGAGAACAUUGAGCUGUUCCUCGAUAAGCUGCAAGAGAUGUUCCAGAACACUCAGAGCAACGGCUGUGCCAUGGGAUCUGCCCUGCGCGCUGGUUACAAACUGAUUUCUCCCGUAGGCGGAAAGAUGACCGUGCUCAGCUCUUCUCUGCCGAACAUCGGCCACGGUGCUCUCACGAUGAGAGAAGACAAGAAGGUCCUUGGUACCAACAAGGAGAAUGCGCUCCUUCAAACAGCAAAUAGCUUCUAUAAGAGUUUUGCCGUCGAGUGUUCGAAGGCCCAGGUAUCUGUCGACAUGUUUUUGUUCUCCUCUCAGUACCAGGACGUUGCAUCGCUCAGCAACCUGCCCCGGUACACUGGUGGACAAACAUACUUCUAUCCGGGCUGGAAUGCUGCUCGCCCCGAAGAUGCAAUCAAGUUCGCGCGCGAGUUCUCUGAGUAUCUGUCCUCUGAGAUUGGACUCGAGGCUGUGCUCCGUGUCCGCGCUACCACCGGCCUCCGUAUGAACACCUUCUACGGCAACUUCUUCAAUCGCAGUUCUGAUCUCUGCGCCUUCCCCGCCUUCCCUCGUGACCAGGCCUAUGUUGUCGAGGUUGCCAUCGAUGAGACAGUCACGAAACCUGUUGUUUGCUUGCAGACCGCCGUUCUCCACACCACAUGCAACGGCGAGCGAAGGAUCCGUGUUCUGACCCUGGCACUUCCUACCACCCAGAACCUGGCUGACGUCUUCGCCUCCGCGGACCAACAAGCAGUCGCAACCUACUUCAGCCACAAGGCCGUCGAACGGGCUUUGGGAAGUGGUCUGGAGCCCGCCCGGGAUGCCCUCCAGGCCAAGGCCGUGGAACUGCUCUCCACCUACCGGAAGGAACUUGCGGGUGGCAGUGUGAGCGGCGGAGGCCUUCAAUUCCCUGCUAACCUGAGAGCACUGCCCGUUCUCUUCCUUGCCAUGAUGAAGAAUCUCGGCCUUCGCAAAUCUGCGCAGAUUCCCACGGAUAUGCGCUCUGCGGCUCUCUGCAUGCUGUCAACAUUGCCACUUCCUCUUCUCAUCCAGUACAUCUACCCGAAAAUGUAUUCCCUUCACGACAUGCCGGACAAUGCUGGCUUGCCCGAUGAGCAGACGGGCGAAAUUGUCCUCCCUCCUCCAGUGAACCUGUCGUCCGAGCGGGUGGUUCCCUAUGGCCUCUACCUCAUCGACGAUGGCCAGACGCAGUUUCUGUGGGUUGGACGCGAUGCGGUGCCUCAGCUGAUCGAGGACGUGUUUGGCUUGGCAGAACGGUCGCAGCUCCGGGUGGGCAAGCAGAACCUGCCGGAUCUGGACAAUGAGUUCAACCAGCGGGUGCGUGCAGUGAUUGAGAAGAGCCGGGACCACCGGUCGAAGGGGGUGGGCAGCAUCGUGGUGCCGCACCUGUAUGUGGUCAAGGAGGAUGGCGAACCGGGUCUCCGCUUGUGGGCGCAGACGAUGUUGGUGGAAGACCGUGCGGACCAGAGCGUCAGCCUGGUGCAAUGGAUGGGAUCCUUGCGGGAAAAGGUUGUUCAGUAAUGAUAGUUUCUCCCUUAUUGGUAAAUCAUUUGAAAGAUACAUCAAUACAAUUUCCGUGGUUAUAUCAUGUUAGGUUCUUUUUUCUUUUUUCUUUUUUUUUCCUCUCUUCACUAGCUGUGGUUGUGACCUCACUUCACGGGUUGGUUUUCGUUUGCUGUCAGCGCCGAGCAGGCAGUAUGACAAGAGAAAAAAGUAUACAGUACGGGUGGAGUUAUGUGGUUGAAGUUGGGCGUUGUGGUGUGUUUGGGGCGGAAGGGCUUUCGGCACUGAGCUAUGUGCUGCUAAUCAAGUGCGCCCACAUGGAUGCUGUUGACCGUAUGGCUUCUUGUAGGCUUACACGACUCUAAUGUCUACAGAUAGUGUCGAUGGAGCUUGUAGAGUAUAGAGGAGUUU